AUGACGGAUAAGAAGUUAACGGGUGCUGCUGUCGCCGAGCACAACUCCAAGGAUUCUUGCUGGGUUAUUGUUCAUGGAAAGGCAUACGACGUGACCGAGUUCUUGCCAGAACAUCCUGGUGGCCAGAAAAUUAUUCUCAAGUACGCCGGUAAAGAUGCGACCGAGGAAUUCGAACCCAUUCACCCGCCAGACACUCUCGACAAGUACCUCGACUCCUCGAAACACCUCGGAGAAGUCGACAUGGCGACUGUCGAGCAGGAAGAGAAGGCCCAUGACCCCGAGGAAGCCGCCCGUGAGGAGCGGAUCCAGCGCAUGCCGUCUCUGCAGGCAUGCUACAACCUGCUGGACUUUGAGACGGUCGCGCGAAGCGUCAUGAAGAAGACCGCAUGGGCUUAUUACUCCAGCGGUGCGGAUGAUGAAAUUACUAUGCGCGAGAACCACUCCGCCUUCCACAAGAUCUGGUUCCGACCACGGAUUUUGGUCGAUGUCGAGAACGUCGAUUUCUCCACGAAGAUGCUUGGGACGAAGACCUCGAUUCCUUUCUAUGUCACUGCGACCGCCCUGGGCAAACUGGGUAACCCGGAGGGUGAGGUUGUUCUCACUCGCGCAGCACACGAUCAUGAUGUCAUUCAGAUGAUCCCGACCUUGGCAUCUUGCUCCUUCGAUGAGAUUAUUGAUGCUCGGCGGGGCGAGCAGGUGCAGUGGUUGCAAUUAUACGUGAACAAGGAUCGCUCGAUCACCAAGCGGAUUAUCGAGCACGCCGAGGCCCGCGGAUGCAAGGGUCUCUUCAUCACUGUCGACGCCCCUCAACUCGGCCGCCGAGAGAAGGAUAUGCGAUCAAAAUUCUCCGACGUUGGCUCUAAUGUGCAGUCAUCAGGAGGAGACUCAGUGGACCGCUCCCAAGGCGCAGCGCGCGCGAUCUCGUCCUUCAUCGACCCAUCGCUCUCAUGGAAGGACAUUCCCUGGUUCCAGUCCGUGACCAAAAUGCCCAUUGUUCUCAAGGGUGUACAGUGCGUAGAAGAUGUGCUCCGUGCUGUCGAGGCGGGCGUGCAAGGUGUCGUUCUGUCCAACCAUGGUGGACGCCAGCUUGAUACUGCACCAUCGGGUGUCGAAGUUCUGGCCCAGGUCAUGCCAAUCCUGCGGGAACGCGGAUGGGAGGACAAGAUUGAAAUCUUCAUCGACGGCGGUAUCCGUCGUGCGACGGAUAUCCUGAAGGCGAUAUGCCUUGGUGCCAAGGGUGUUGGUAUUGGGCGGCCUUUCUUGUAUGCCAUGUCGGCAUACGGCCAGCCUGGUGUGGACCGAGCUAUGCAGCUCCUGAAGGAUGAACUUGAAAUGAACAUGCGUUUGAUAGGUGCUCAGACAGUCGAGGACCUAAACCCCAGCAUGGUUGAUGUGCGUGGUUUGGUGGGUGGGCACAGUGCAACUGUGCCGUCGGACACGCUGAGUCUGGGGGCGUACGACCCUCUCCAGGCACCUCGGUUCAGCGAGAAAGCCAAGCUAUAG